UCUCUUUGUGAGGCAGUGCAGCACAGGCAGCGAUAUAAAAACCCGAGCCUGCACUUACAACAGCCCUCUCCUGACGCCUUGGAUCGGACCUGCAUUGCCCACUCACUGUCGCCGGACGCGCUCACACACGCCACAAGGAAAAGGAUGCGAGAAAUCGUUCACAUUCAGGCCGGCCAGUGCGGCAAUCAGAUUGGAGCUAAGUUCUGGGAGGUGAUCAGCGAUGAGCACGGCAUCGAUCCCAGUGGAAACUACGUGGGCGACUCUGACCUGCAGCUGGAGAGGAUCAGCGUCUAUUACAACGAAGCCUCAUCUCACAAAUAUGUCCCCAGAGCCAUCUUGGUGGAUCUGGAGCCUGGCACCAUGGACAGUGUUCGCUCAGGGGCUUUCGGACACCUCUUCAGACCAGACAACUUCAUUUUCGGCCAAAGUGGAGCUGGCAACAACUGGGCCAAGGGCCACUACACAGAGGGGGCCGAGCUGGUGGACUCUGUCCUGGACGUGGUGAGGAAGGAAUGUGAGAACUGUGACUGCCUGCAGGGCUUCCAGCUGACCCACUCGCUGGGCGGCGGCACGGGCUCGGGAAUGGGCACCCUCCUGAUCAGCAAGGUGCGCGAAGAGUACCCCGACCGCAUCAUGAACACUUUCAGCGUAGUGCCUUCCCCCAAGGUGUCGGACACAGUGGUGGAGCCCUACAACGCCACCCUGUCCAUCCACCAGCUGGUGGAGAACACAGACGAGACCUACUGCAUCGACAACGAGGCCCUCUAUGACAUCUGCUUCAGGACCCUCAAGCUGGCCACCCCCACGUACGGAGACCUGAACCACCUGGUGUCGGCCACCAUGAGCGGCGUCACCACCUCCCUGAGAUUCCCCGGGCAGCUGAACGCCGACCUGCGCAAGCUGGCGGUCAACAUGGUGCCCUUCCCCCGCCUGCACUUCUUCAUGCCCGGCUUCGCCCCGCUGACGGCCCGGGGCAGCCAGCAGUACCGCGCCCUGACCGUGCCCGAGCUCACCCAGCAGAUGUUUGAUGCCAAGAACAUGAUGGCGGCCUGCGACCCGCGCCACGGCCGCUACCUGACGGUGGCCACGGUGUUCCGCGGCCGCAUGUCCAUGAAGGAGGUGGACGAGCAGAUGCUGGCCAUCCAGAGCAAGAACAGCAGCUACUUCGUGGAGUGGAUCCCCAACAACGUCAAGGUGGCCGUCUGCGACAUCCCGCCACGCGGCCUCAAGAUGUCCUCCACCUUCAUCGGCAACUCCACCGCCAUCCAGGAGCUGUUCAAGCGCAUCUCGGAGCAGUUCACCGCCAUGUUCCGCCGCAAGGCCUUCCUGCACUGGUACACGGGCGAGGGCAUGGACGAGAUGGAGUUCACCGAGGCCGAGAGCAACAUGAACGACCUGGUCUCCGAGUACCAGCAGUACCAGGACGCCACCGCGGAAGAGGAGGGCGAAAUGUACGAAGACGACGACGAAGAGUCUGAGGUCCAGGGUCAAAAGUGAACAUUUUCCCAACACAACACAAAACAGUCGAGCAUUAGGUAACCUCUCUCCGUUCUCCAUGCAGGCCGAAGUGCACCUCUUCUGCUCUUGCGACUUCCCCGAAUCAUGCCCCCUGCUGUUAGUCUGUUUCUGCUAACCAUGGUCUUAGCUCACUGUCGGUAUCAUUGCUUCUUAUCGGUAUUUCACAACCUAUGAAAGUGUGGAAAAAUACUUCUUCCCGAUUAGUAAUAUUCGGUACUAAUAUGCAAAUAAAGAAACAUGACAGAUACAUUUAAACAAUGCUCAAUUCCUUAACUUUCAUAAUGUGAAAGCCUCUGUUUAUUUUGUUUUCUACUGGUUUUGCCUAUUUUGAUUUUGGGGAAUAUUUAAUAAAUUUAUUGCUGUCAAAGGAA